AUGGAUGUCGUCUCUGCUGUGUCCGGCUACAUCUCGAAGAUGGUCUCCGUCGGGGACUCAUCUGCGACCGGAUCUUCCACCGCUAAGAUGAAGAUAUUAUUGCUUGAUAGUGAGACCGUACCCAUCGUCUCCACUGCCAUGACCCAGUCCGCUCUCCUGAACCAUGAGGUCUACUUGAUCGACCGCCUCGACAACCAGAGUCGCGAGAAGAUGCGACACCUGCGAUGCCUGUGCUUCGUUCGCCCCUCUCCUGAUUCCAUACAGUUUAUUAUUGAUGAAUUACGGGAACCCAAGUAUGGCGAGUACUACCUCUACUUCAGCAACGUUGUCCGCAAAUCGUCACUGGAGAGGCUGGCAGAAGCAGAUGGUCAUGAGGUUGUUAAGGCCGUGCAGGAGUAUUUUGCCGAUUUCUCCGUGAUCAACCCCGACCUUUGCUCUUUGGGUAUGGGGUACCCGAAGCAAAGGAUAUGGAGCCAGAGUCCAGAUAUCUGGAAUUCAGACGCUCUCCAGCGAGCGACGGAGGGAGUUAUCGCACUUUUAUUGUCCUUAAAGAAGAACCCCUUGAUUCGGUACGAGAAAAACAGCCUCAUAACUAAGAAGCUUGCCACUGAAGUCCGAUAUCAGCUCACUCAAGAGGAGCAACUGUUCAAUUUCCAAAAAACAGAUACCCCCCCCAUCCUGCUGAUACUCGACCGUCGGGACGACCCUAUCACACCACUACUAAACCAGUGGACCUAUCAAGCCAUGGUCCAUGAGCUCCUUGGCAUUGAUAAUGGAAGGGUUGAUUUGAGCAAUGUUCCAGACAUCAGACCGGAACUUAAGGAAAUUGUGAUAUCCCAAGAUCAGGAUCCCUUUUUCAAGAAGAAUAUGUACCAGAAUUUCGGCGACUUGGGCGGGAAUAUUAAGGAAUACGUCGAACAAUACCAAUCUCGAACAAAAAGCACUAUGAGUAUAGAGUCUAUUGCGGAUAUGAAGCGAUUUGUGGAGGACUACCCCGAAUUCCGAAAGCUCUCGGGCAAUGUCAGCAAACAUGUGACACUAGUUAGCGAAUUGAGCAGAAAAGUAGGUGAGAAUAGCUUGCUGGAUGUGAGCGAACUCGAACAGAGCUUAGCCUGUAACGAUAACCACGCGAAUGAUCUUAAGUCACUACAACGGUUGAUUCAAUCUCCAUCAGUCACAGCGGAUAAUAAAAUCCGCCUAGUCGCAUUAUAUGCGAUCCGUUAUGAAAAACAGCCUUCGAAUGCGUUGCCAGUUUUGAUCGACCUACUUACAGCCGCGGGGGACGUGUCGCCGCAUAGAAUUAAUAUUAUCCCAAAGCUAUUAGCGUACCAUCACUCACUCCAAGCACCUCCAGUUGCUGGUGGAUUCUCAGAUCUAUUCGAGUCCGCAUCUUUUCUCUCUGGCGCUCGCGACCGGUUUAAACCACUUAAGGGUGUCGAGAAUGUAUACACCCAGCACUCUCCGCGAUUAGAGUCCACUCUCCAGAAUCUCAUCAAAGGCCGCCUGAAGGAGCUCCAAUACCCCUUCCUCGAAGGAGGCGGACACACUCGGGACAAACCUCAGGAUAUAAUCGUAUUCAUGGUUGGAGGAGCAACGUACGAAGAAGCCAAGAUGGUGGCGCAGGUCAAUGCGAGUUCCCCUGGCGUCCGUGUUGUUCUGGGGGCCACUUGCAUCCAUAAUAGUGCUAGCUUCCUUGAAGAGGUUGAUGAUGCUGUUGGUAACUGGCCUGAAGCCCCGCCGACCACAGUCGAGGGAAGGCUUCGGAGGGAAAUUGGUCGUUGA